AAUUGACGUUCUGGUGUUAUGUGGGAAAGCAAAUACCUCAUGGCCGGUUGCAUGUGCAUGCUAAACCACAGCCUCCUAUAUUAAACUGACAAGACCAACGUAACGUAGGCUUUACAGUGGACAAAGACAGCGCGUGGGAUGACCCUCGCAUAGCGGCUGCCAGCUUACUCUUUAAAAAGGAUUGCCGCGGGGAACAUAAUUAUUGUUACUACUUUCGGUUGCUUGACAAUGUCGCCGAUCAAAUUUCGUUCUAUUUCGCAAAGGUUGUGCAGCCCUCUGUUGUCAAUGCAAAACUCGCCGCUACUUUUGCCCGAAAGGUGCCAACACACUCACCCUUUUGCAGCGAAAGUGUUCAGUAUAUUUCGUGUUUACGAAGAUGUCGUCGGCCUUACCGAAGUAAAAGCAGCCCAAACCAAGGUGUUGGAGGCUGAACAAAAGUUUGUGACGACGCAAGAGCAACGGCGAGAGAAGCAGCAACGGAUUUUACAACUUCAGAACCAGCUGAAGGAAAUCCACGCAGAACUUGACAAGACGCACCGAGGAGAGGAUCGCUACCUUACCCUCAUAACUCAGGAGCACGCCGUCAUCAAGGAAGAACGUUCCUUGCUUGAGCAGUUCAAGAACUUGGAGAAAGCAGAGCGGGAUUACUUCGCCUCUCUCUCCUUGGCACUUCGGGAGAGCCACGAGAAAGAGCGUGCCCAGGGGGAGCGCACCAAGUACUGGUCCAUCAUUGGUUCCGUCUGCGGCGCUGUCAUAGGCAUUAUCGGGGCCACCAUCAACAACCGGAUACGCCUGAACCAGCUCAGAGACCUUGUGGAACGUUCGUCCAGCCAACCCGAGGUACAACGCUUGGUCUACAGCCUCUCGGACGAGUUCAAACGACACAGGGACCAGAUUGUGGAGUUUGUGUCCGACAUCCGAGAGCUGCUUGGUGCUGCACCAAUAGUUGCUGCGACGGACCGUGCAGCCAGUGCAGCUAUAAUGUUGUGGCCGAUUCAGGACCUCGAGCUUCAGAUGCGGGAAGUAGUGGUGCUGGUGAAGCAGCAACAGCAGUUGUUAGAGAGGGAGACAAAAGAAAUAAAAGCACUGCUAGCUGCCGACAGGGCUUUGGAAGAAGCUGAAGGAGAUGUCAGGAGAGCAGCAGUGUACAUUGGUGAAGACGUCAGAGACAUAGUGGCUGACUCACAGCGGCAGUUGGAGUGGAAGAUGAAGAUAAACUCACUUGCCAUGGUAGCGCUAGUGUACGGCGCCCUUGCAGUGACUGUUCCACUUUUGGCGGCCUUCUUCAAGGGCUCCUGAUGAUCGAGUACUGCCUUCCUUAGUGAAUUGCGACGUCACAUUGUUGGCUGCAUGUUCUUGUUUAAUUCAUUCUGCAAAUGGAUUCAGUGGACCAGUGAAGCUUUAAGUAGUUGUGAUAGAAAUGAAAUUCCUCUAGUGUUCAGCUAUGUAGUUCCUGUUAGCAGUAAGUUGUCGAAGUAUGGUGUCAUGUACUUCCUCAGUUGCAGGGAGCAAUAUUGUGUGCAGCACAGAAGCAAGGUGGGUAAUCCGCACUACUUUGGUGUGCUUUCACUUCAGUCUGCUGUUAGCAUUUGCUUCCAGAUGCCCCUGUAGGAGUUCCGCACACACUGGCUUUUUUUUUAUUUUUUAAAUAUACAUUAUGAAUACAUUCAAUUGACUUUACAAAAUAAAUGAAAUGAAAACUCGUAUUUGAAGAGAACAAUUUUGCUUGUUUGCUACCUGUUUUGCCCUUUUGCCUGAAUAAAUGUUGACCUUUGUGCACUUGC